GCGUGUUCCGCCGCCGUGCGGGAGCGGCCCCGCGGCCUGGCCCCGCCGCUGCUCCGCCCCGGGCGCUCCUGCGGGCGCUCGCCUGGGCCGACUGUGGGCUGCGUUCAUCAUCCAGCGUCGCCGGAGUCCCCGUAGGCUUUGUGCCCGCUCCAGCACCGGUCCGGGACGCGGGUGUAAGCACGGAGCAGCGGCAGCGGCCCCCGGCCCCGCAGCCCUCCGCUGACAGCCGUGUCCCGUAGGCGGAUCCCUGCAGCGGGCCCCGGUGAGGCAGCAUGGGGAAGAGCUGCAAGGUGGUGGUGUGCGGCCAGGCCUCCGUCGGGAAAACGUCCAUCCUGGAGCAGCUGCUGUACGGGAACCAUGUGGUCGGUUCCGAGAUGAUCGAGACCCAGGAGGACAUUUACGUGGGCUCCAUCGAGACGGACCGGGGGGUGCGGGAGCAGGUCCGCUUCUAUGACACGCGGGGCCUGCGGGACGGCCUGGAGCUGCCCAAGCACUGCUUCUCCUGCACCGACGGCUACGUGCUGGUCUACAGCACCGACAGCAAGGAGUCCUUCAAGCGGGUGGAGCUCCUCAAGAAGGAGAUUGACAAGUCCAAAGACAAGAAGGAGGUAACCAUUGUGGUUUUGGGCAACAAGUGUGACCUGCAGGAGCAGCGCAGGGUGGACCACGAGGCAGCCCAGCACUGGGCCAAGGGUGAGAAGGUGAAGCUGUGGGAGGUGUCGGUGGCUGACCGGCGCACGCUGAUCGAGCCCUUCAUCUACCUGGCCAGCAAGAUGACGCAGCCCCAGAGCAAGUCUGCCUUCCCCCUGAGCCGCAAGAACAAGGGCAGCGGCUCCCUGGAUGGCUGAGCUCCUCCUGCCUUCCCUCGACACCUCCUCUUCCUCCCCUCCCUGUUCACUUGCACCACCUCCUGCUGAGCCUCUGCGGUGUCAGAGCACGAAGAUGGGAGAUGGCCUCUGAGGACAAGGGAGGUGUCCCCUCUCCCUGCAGCGGGGCAGGGGUGGCUCUCUUCCCUGCCCAGCUCCUGCGGGUGCUGGAGGGGCUCCGGGACAGGCAGGAGUCCCGGAGGGGAGGCAGCGCGGGGCCGGCCAGCAGGUGGGGAUCGGCGGCAGGGCUGUCACAGCCGUCCCGGGGACAAGACCGCCUCUGGAGCUGCUCUCGGUUUACUGCCACCGUGUGGGCAGAGCCCGGGGGUGGCCCUGCCACUAGCACAGCCGCGGUCAGAGCAGCUGUCCCUUGUCCUGCCCCGCAGACCCAGCCGCGGUCCCCAGGCAGAAGCAGACAUCCCGCCCAAGGGAGAGCACAGAACAGGGCAAGGUGCUGCUGUGGAGGGCAGAGUGCUCACAUCCACCAUGCUGCAGCCCUCCCUGAGCACAGGCUCAGCUCUCACUGCCCACCUGGCAUGGUGCUCACUCUCCUCUCAGAACUGCCAUAAGCCAAGGGAAAGGUGUCUUGGUCCCACCCAGCAGCCCUGUUCCCUCUGGAUGUGGGGAAGGAAACUGCCCAGGGAGCCCUGAGUGUUUGUGCCUGUUCCUUUUAUUUACUGAGUACCACAAGAGGAGGAGAUUCAAUUAUCAAAA